UACCCUUCGUUCCUUCUGUUCCUCUCCUCACAGCGAUCCCUCUCUUCUUCCAUCUAUGCACACUCAUUCUUCUUCCUUCAUCCAAUCCUCCAUGUUUCACAAACUUCUCUUUCUUCAAUGAUGGGUCUCUCAGAUCCAUUAAUUUGAGUAGUUGCGAAGGAAAAGAUUACGACCAUGCAGAUUCAUUACCAUUGGUUUGAUUCCGAGGCUAAAUACGGUUGUUAUCUAAUUGUAUAUCCAGUCCCGAUUGCAAUCGAUAAGCCACUUACAAGGUGUUAUCUGCUUGCUGAACUUGGGGGUUUGGUCUGAGUGAAUAGAUUAGUUGGUCACGAGUUUACAAGAUGCCAUAUUAUAUACAGAGACUUUAUAGGCUAUGCAACGCAUCAUUUUCACCUGAUGGACCUGUGUCAGAAGAAGCCAUUGAGAGAGUUCGUGAGAAGUUAGACAGAAUCAGGCCAUCGGAUGUAGGUCUUGAACAAGAGGCACAAGUGGUUCGAAAUUGGUCUGGUCCAAUGCUUGAACGUAAUGGGAACCAUCAAUCUUUGCCACCUAUCAAAUAUUUGCAUUUGCAUGAAUGUGACUCGUUCUCUAUAGGAAUUUUUUGCAUGCCCCCGUCAUCUAUCAUUCCUCUCCAUAAUCAUCCUGGAAUGACAGUGUUGAGCAAGCUCUUAUAUGGUUCAAUGUAUGUGAAAUCCUACGAUUGGAUUGAUGCACCUGGCUCCACUGGACCAUCUGAAGCUAGACCUGCAAAACUCGUCAAAGAUACUGAGAUGACAGCGCCGAGUCCCACAACAAUUCUUUAUCCUACCAGUGGAGGAAACAUCCAUUGUUUUAGAGCUAUAACUCCUUGUGCAAUCUUUGACAUAUUGUCUCCCCCUUACUCUUCAGAGAAUGGAAGACACUGCACUUACUUCCGGCGAUCCCCACGGAAAGAUCUUCCAGUUAAUGUUCAGUUGAACGGCGUAACGGUUUCAGAAGUGACUUGGUUGGAAGAGUUUCAACCUCCUGAUGACUUUGUGAUGCGGAGAGGGCUGUACAGAGGUCCAGUUAUUAGAACUACUUGAAAAUUUUCUUGUUUGCUGUGUUUUACACCCAAAAGAAAUUGGCUUCUUAUCUUUAGGUUAUAACAAAGGGGACCAUGAAAUGUGCAAUAAUUAUAUUCUUUGGCUAUGUUGGUUAGGCAUUGGAGUAUGUACAUAAUAAUGCACUAAUGUAAUCUAUUUACAGAUCUCAGCUUAAUCCAGUAGAAUAGUUACUACUUGUCACUGCC